AUGGAGACUGAAGCUUCAUGUGACGACGAACAUCUUUCUGCUACUGUAUCAACAAGAAGAAGAUCUCACUCUGUGUCUGAUGAUUACUCCGUUCAAUGCACUAAUGAUGAUGCUACGCAAUGUAAAUACGCUGCUAUUCAGUUGAAAUACUGGGAAGAUCCGUUCCUGGAGCGUUUCCUUUCUGCGGCAUCUGAUAAGAAAAUCAGAAGAGACCCUGAAAUAUCAAUUGGUUAUUGGGCUCGAGUUGCCGCUGUAACAAAGCUCGUAACAGACUUCAUCAAAUCCACUGAUGGUAAAUGUCAAAUUAUCAGUCUGGGUUGUGGAUUUGAUACGCUUUAUUGGCGUUUGAAAAAGGAUGAACUUAAAUUUGUGCGAUAUGUUGAAGUUGACUUCAGCUCUGUCACUGCCAAGAAAAUUAGACAUAUCAUGAAACCUGGAUCUGAUGUUCUUAGAGGAUUCUUCACAGAAACACCCCGAGAAGAACAUCAUUCCGAUUUGCAUGGCGGAGACUACCAACUCAUUGGAGCUGAUCUUAGACAGUGGUCUGAACUGAAGGGAAAGCUGGACAAAACACAGCUUGAUCAUUCUAUCCCCACCUUAGUUCUUGCUGAGUGUGUGUUAGUAUAUAUGCCUCUCACCCAAAGUGAAACCUUGAUCCGCAAUCUUGCUGAAACCUUCUCAACUGUUGUCUUUGUGAACUACGAACAAUUCCGUACAUCAGACAAGUUCGGUCACGUGAUGGAGAAGAACUUGGAGCAAAGAGGAAUUCAGUUGCUCGGCCUGGAUGCUUGCGCUAGUGUGGACACUCAAAAAGAAAGGUUCUUGAAAAAUGGAUGGAGUAAUGCUGUUGUAUUGGAUAUGCAAACAGUUUACAAAACUAUCUUGUCUUCCCAAGUCCGCAGCAUCGAAUCAAUCGAAUCUUUGGAUGAAAUGGAGUUGCUCUGGCAGCUUUUAUCCCAUUACUGCAUUGUUCAUGCCGUUGCUGAUAAGACAUCGACAUUUCUCAAAAAGUUGUCCUUGGAGCUGUAA